AGUACCGGCCGAACUCUCGCCGAUAACACACAGCCACCGAACUAGACGAGCGCGCGCGUGUUAUCACAGUGUUUUGACACGGUCGUUUUGUAAGUAAUCAAUCAGUGGGCAAUAUAAAACGAUGUUCAGCGUCUCGAGAAAUAAUUUGUUUAGUUGGAAAACGUGAUGUGUGCGCUACAUACGGAAGUUGUAAUGCUUACGAACGGUGCAUUGCAUUUCUCGUGAAACUUUAACAUAAAUUCAACAAUCACCGAUAAUGAAACCAGAGUGAUAUUAUAAACAUAAAAAAACAAGUUGGUGUCCGAAAAUAAGUCAGUGCUAAAAAUAAUAAUAAUAAACAUAAACAUAGAUAUGAGAAAAUGCUCGAAACAUGCCUCUAAAUCGGACAGGACGCUGACCCGUCGCGUUUAAAAGCGAACAUUUGCUACGUGCGUGUGUGUGUGUGUGCUGCUGUGAUAGUGUCAGGUGGGAUGAGGCGGGGGGCGAGUGUGCCCCCGCGCCUCUUAUCAGGAGAUAAGGCGCCGUGGCCCUGCACGCUGACGACAAUCGUUUUCGGAUCACCAGCGUGACCAGGCUGCUUGGAACAAGGCGGCCGCCGCCCGUUAUGUUGCACUCACUGAACGCACUCGCCGGCAAGAUAUCGCCGGGCGGCGGCCUCGACACGAACGCGAACCGACACACGCACCCCAACAAGAACCACAAGGUGACCUCGCCGGGAUCUCCGUACACCAAGCCGAAUGGGAUGAAUAUGAAUAUAAACAACAACAAUAACAACAACACGACCAGCAUUAACAAUAACAACAACAAUAAUGAGGACAAAUCUGAAAUGCCAGAUCCUGACUACAUCAAGAUGUUCGUCGGUCAGGUACCAAGACACAUGGACGAGAAUGACCUCAGGCAGAUGUUUGAGGAGUUUGGUAGAGUCCACCAGAUCAACGUGCUCCGGGAUAAGAUCACCGGAGUCAGCAAAGGGUGCUGUUUUGUGACGUUUUUCACACGAAAGGCCGCGUUGAAAGCCCAGGACGCUUUGCACAAUAUCAAAACAUUGACAGGGAUGCACCAUCCCAUCCAAAUGAAGCCGGCUGACAGUGAAAAUAGAAACGAACGGAAGCUUUUCGUGGGUAUGCUGAACAAGAAAUUGGCUGAGAACGACGUGAGAGCUCUGUUCUCGGGACACGGAGCCAUCGAGGAGUGUACCGUGCUGAGGGACGCCCAGGGUCAAAGCAAAGGAUGCGCAUUUGUAACCUUCGUAUCGAAGCAGGCCGCUAUAGCUGCCAUAAAAGCGUUACAUCACAGUCAAACGAUGGAAGGCUGCUCAGCGCCUCUGGUCGUUAAGUUUGCGGACACGCAGAAAGAGAAAGAACAGAAAAAGUUGCAAGCGAUGCAGGCCAGCCUAUGGGGCAUCACGACGCCGGUGGCACCGACUGCGUACCUCGCGUCGGAAGCGGCGCUCUCACCAGCCACGCAACUGCAACUACUGCAGCAACUGCAAGCGGUCGGCUUGCAGCAACAGUUACUGCAAGGGCAGGGCUCGACUCUGUUACAAGGUGUUAACUAUCAGGAUAUCGGUUUCAAUGGUGCAGGACUGAGCGGUAGCGGAGUGGGAAGCGUGGGUGCGGAACAGCUCGGGGGCUUGCUGGCCCCCGUGUCCGUGCAGAACCUGGCGGCUCUGGCGGCCAUAGCGCAGCCCCCCGUCGUGUCGCAGUCGCAGGCUGUCGCGCCAAUCGCCCCCACCACCGCCCCGCAAUCCGCGGCGCCGCAACUAUGUCUUCUCGGGAAGACUAACAUUACAGGGUCAACCGCUGAGCCGCUGAGUUCAGCGUACGCCGCGCAGUUCGGCAGCGCUGCGUUCGCUGCAGCGCCGCUCGGGUCAGUGCUGGGGUCGGCAGCCGCCGCAGCCGCGGGGAAACAAGUCGAAGGUCCGGAAGGCGGCAACCUGUUCAUUUACCACCUGCCCCAGGAGUUCACGGACACGGACCUGGCGUCUACGUUUCUGCCGUUCGGACACGUGAUUUCGGCAAAAGUGUUCAUAGACAAACAGACGAACCUCUCGAAGUGUUUCGGUUUCGUCUCGUACGACAACGCGGCCUCCGCACAAGCGGCCAUACAGGCGAUGAACGGCUUUCAAAUAGGUACAAAGAGACUUAAAGUUCAAUUGAAACGAUCCAAGGAACUGUCAAGACCGUACUAGAAUAUUCCAGAAUUCGUUCCUAGUGCAAAGAAAUUACGAAAGAAAAACUAUAUCGAAAAGGGGUUGUAGUUUCUGUAUGUUUGUUGUGAUGUAACCGGUGCACACGAGCACGAUCCAUGAGGCGCGCGAAAAGUUAUAUUAUGGAACGCGAUUCCGAGUGCACAGUUGUUAACUAAUAAGUAUGUAUAUUAAUAAGGUUUGUGUUAAAGGAUUAUCGUUUCCAAAGUAUUCCCCAAAUUUCUUUAUUAUUAUUAUUAAUAUUGUAAAUUAAUUUUUAAAGUUGGUAUCAUUUAGAAACUUUUUGAUUAUAUAAAAGAUGAAUUUGAUCAGGAACCAACGACGACCAGCACCAAAGAACUGGUACUUUACAAUGUAAAUUUCUGAUACUAGUUAUUUCUUCACCCAAAGUUUUACAUUCAGAAUAUGAAUACCAAAUAAGUAUUGCUCGUAGAUUUUUAUUUAAAGGUUGCGUUCGUUUUGAACAAGUUAGUUUAUAUGUUUUUCUUGUUAUUAUCGUUUGUUUUAUUUUAUGUUACCACUCGUAGUAAAAUAUGUGUAUUCAUUCACGUGGCCAUUGUCAGUUGCAAUUCAGUCAUUUCGUUUGAAAAAAAAAUUUAAGAUGUUUAGAUUAAAGAUGAUGAUCUCAAAGUGAUCAGUGUAUUUAUUGUUUACAUUAUUCGUUUUACAACAUCUCAAUGGAAAGAUCUUACAGAUUCAAAAUAGUGGUGGGAUAGUGUAUAGUAUUUUUUAUACAAGUUCUCUAUCUCAUCAAAAUUUACUUUUGUCGUCAUCAAAAUGUCUGACAUUUCUGACGAUCAACGUAGAAUUUUUAAAACUUUAAUUUCAUCUAAAGUUGUCACUGUAAGAUUCAUAGAUUAUACUGAGACUCAAUAGUACUUAAAGUAGUGGGGAGGACAAAGCAUAGAUUGUCUAUGACAAAUGCCUUUGCUUUCCGGCUUUGUAUGUGGUUUUCAAAAGAUUCGAGAAACUCGCAGUCUAUUGUCAUAAGUAAUAAUGUAUUUUUCAAAUAAUAAAAGUAAAGUCAAUUGAAAAUGAAAUAAUGAAGUCCAUAGUCUAUAUUGAUAUUUGUCCGAAUCUAUUAUUAUUUACCUUAUUGCAAUUUAUUUUAACGUUUACAGUUUUGACAUUACAGACGUUAGUUUCCAAGUUGAAAUUAUUAUUUGGUAUUGUGGUAUUAAUUUCAGCCCCUUGAUACUUUUGAAAAGUACCUACACAAGCAAGUACCUAUUGUUUUAUUGGUACUAUUUAUUUUGUUGUGCUUGUUUUGUAUGUAGUUUUUUACAAAAGUACUUUAGUACAAAAGUCAAAUCGAUUACGAUUAAACUAUUAAUAAACACAUCGAACACACUGGCCCUUUAGUCAAAGUUUUUUUUGUUAGUAAGUAAUUUAAUAUAUUAGAAUAAUUUCGCAUGUAAGUUUGGUGUUUCUUUUUUUUUUCUUCUAUUUAAAAAAAAUGUACUUUUAAAUUUUUCUCUACUCUUAUUAAUUUGAUUAGUCACUGGCACUUUUCAUUAUUAUUAUUUAAGUUCAAAAAUAUUGCGUUGUGGAAUAGAUGAUGCCGAAAUAAAGCACUACCAAUUUAUUAAUGACAAAAUGCAUAAAAAAUACGUAGAUUUAUAUUAAUCGAGAAAAACGGUUUGUUUGUUUCAAAGCAAACAUAACUUAAUAAUUAUUGAAGUGAAACUUCUUUAUCGGCGUUGGAAAAAAAUUUACCGUCACAUUUUUCGGUUACGCGUCACAUUUUUCCGUUACGCGCCAUCUUUUUUGUAUUCAUGUCUAUGAUAAUAAAAUCCUUUUGUUUAAACUUUAUCUAAUUUAACUUUUUUGUAUUCAUGUCUAUGAUAAUAAAAUCCUUUUGUUUAAACUUUAUCUAAUUUAACUUUAUUUAACCAAUUUCUAGAAAGUUGCAUGUAGAUCAUUUUUCGAAAAAUAAGGCCAUAAACAAGUUUCACUUCUUACGUGUGUACACUAGUACACGCACACAUUUUUUUUUUUUUUAAUUGGUUUUGGUAGUCAAAUUUAUAUUCAAUAUAUACUUUUGUACCCAAUUUCAUUAACUGUGAGAUUUCAGCUUGAUUCAAAACUUACUCCACAUUUCUUCCACGACGCAUAAUUAUUUACCUGCUACUUAGCUCUACGAUUAAGUAUUAAUUAUUAAUAUUUUUAUUUUCGAUGUAUUCACUCGUCGUAUGUAAGGACUUCGCUCAAUAAAAAGGAUUAAGGAAACUUAUAAGGGAAUCAAUCAACGUUGCUUGUGAAAAGUCAUAAUUAAUAAUUUGUUUUGUUCAUUAAAAUAAAGUGUAACGUAUUCAUGUUUGUUAACAUGUCAACUGACAUGUUGUCUUCGUCUAGACCUUUUUUAUUCAAAAGUAAAAUAAAAGAAAGUUAACUCAUUAAUUUUGAAGUUGGCAUUACUAACAAGCACUUUGAGCAUUGUCAAUGUCAUUGUCUUAACAGUUGCUUAUAGAAGGGGUACAUAAUCGUUUUUCACAAACUUAAAUGUAAAUGAGUUAACUUUCGUAUUAACUUUUAAAGUUGUGAUUUGACAUUGAUCCGCCAUUAAACGACCAUUUGAUGAAAUUUUAAUUAAAAAACCUUUUGUACAUGUCAACAUAAUGAUUAAAUAAAAUUACUUUAAUAAAGUCAAGAUAGAAAAAUUUCAAAGUUCUACGUUUUGUGUAUCUUAAUAUAAGUUUUAUCGUUUAAUUUAAAAUGUGGAUGAUCUUUAUGUGAAGUUUAAUGCUCAAACUUUGAAAAUAAGGUUCGCAAAUCAUUUGUAAAAAAAAUGGCUUACAUAUGCUUUAUAAAAACAAGCCUCGACAAUCUUUUUUUCUAAAUGUACGGUGCUACCUUAUUUUCUCUGUUGAGUUCAUAAUUUUAAAUGUCUAAUGAAAGACAACAUUUAGACUGAAUAAGUUUCCUUUUAGACGUUACUGAACAAAAAACUUGUUCUUUGUGAUUCCUUUAGUGAAUUUGUGUAAGUAGUGAAAUUUUGUCGUUUCUUUAAUAUGUACUGGGUGUAUCGGAAAAGUUCUCGAAAACGAAGACAGUCGUUAUUGUUUACUGACACAACUAAGAAUAAAAACUCAUUGGUACGUAUAUCGAACGAUGUUUUUUACUCGCGGUGUUACGAUUUAAAAGUCCAAAUCGCGCCGCUCUCGUCCCAAGACACGCGCGGUCAUCCACCUUCGACUUGAAUAGCGAAUGUCUUCGAGAACAGUCCCCUUACGCCCUGAAUUUCUUUUUUGUCUUUUUGUUUAUUUUAUUGUUAUUUAAGGUUAUAAAUUAUUAUCAUAUAAAGUCAUGAGAGUAAAAAUUAACAAAAUGAAGGUAUAAAGUAAAUUGUAUUAAUGUGAUUAUUUUUUAAGAAAUGAAAAUGGGAAUCCGCGACACGUACAUUUAUUGUCAUUUUGUGAAGCUGGUUGUCUAUGACUUGAUACGUUUUAAAAAGCCAUACCGUACCUACUGUGCUAUCAUCAAACCAAGCCUAAUUAAGAAUCAUGCCGUCAUUUUGGUUCUGUUCGAUUCAUUAAAGAAAACAGAGGGCUUGCUUUAUAUGAUCUGUGCUCUUGCAACAACGAUCGAGCAUUCAAAGUAGUCAUAAUAUUUUGUAUUCGAAACGUGAAAAUGGAUGUCCAGCUUCAAGUUUGAUAGAUAAAAUGAAAUAUAAAUUGGGAAUAAAAGUUACCUACAAUUUUUUAUGUAACUAAUAGACUUGAAAAAAAUAAUGUACAGUUUGUCUAUGAAUCAAAAUUUAAUUUUUACGAGUCAUUGUAAUUUUUUUCAGUCUCGUUGUUGGUGGUGCUGCCAGCUCAUAAAAGUAUUGAACAUUUAAUAUUUAGCGGAGAAUACUUGCUUUUUUUAUAUUUUCGCCAACCAUUCGCCAAUGAUAGUCCUCAUUAUUUACAACUAAACAUUUAAAGCGUAGAACAACAUUCGUUUAUGUUCUUUAUACUGUUUUCUGUCUAAAUUUUCUAUAUUUGCUCAGAAUAUCAUUAUUAAUAAUUUAUACUGUCAUUUUAUAAAUACUGUCAUUUCUAUUGAGUCGUAUAGUUUAUUGAUACCACAGAGAAAACGAAUGUUGGAAAAAGUAUAAUUUCAAUGUGAUGUUUCAACAUAAAAAUAAUCAAUAAUCAAAAAUGCUAUUUAUUAAAUUGUGGGUACUACGAAUGAGUUUCUAAUCUUAUUAUUUUACUUUGUUUGCGAAAAGUAAAAUCAGCUUGAUUGAAUAGAGUCACGGUACAAUAAUCAGCAUAUCUAUGGAAAGAUGAAAAAAUAUAUAUAUUUUUACAAAUCUCGAGGCACUUUAGCGAAUAUACUAAAGUAAAUGCAAAAUUCAAAGAACUGUUUUUAUAUACAAACACCCGUUUUUGUUUAAUAAGGAUGUAAAUAAAUGUCAAGUUUCAAAACGCC